AUGGAACAGCAGAACCUCACCAGUAGAGUAAAAGAAUUUCUUCUUGUGGGUCUAACCCAGAGUCUGGCACUGCAGAGAUUCCUCUUUGUAGUCUUCUUCAUAGUCUACAUGAUGACCUGGAUGGGAAACCUCACCAUCAUCAUCACCGUGAUCACUGACCACCAGCUCCACACCCCUAUGUACUUCCUGCUGGGAAACUUGGCAUUCAUUGACCUGAGCGAGUCCUCGGUCACAGUGCCAAAGAUGCUGUGGGACCUCCUGUCCAAGCAAGAGACAAUCACGUUUGGUGGUUGCAUGUCACAGAUGUUUUUUUUCCACUUCACCGGGGGCGCCGUGGUUUUCUUCCUCAUGGUGAUGGCACUUGAUCGGUAUGUGGCUAUCCAUAAACCUUUGCACUACCUCAGUAUCAUGAACAGGGGUGUGUGUGUAGGGCUGGUGGGGGGCUUUGUCCAUUCCAUUGUCCAGGUUGCACUGACAAUCCAAUUGCCUUUCUGUGGACCCAAUACACUGGACAAUUUCUACUGUGAUGUCCCUCAGGUGAUCAAAUUGGCUUGCACAGACACCUACAUGGUGGAGUUGCUGAUGGUCUCCAACAGUGGGCUCCUCACCAUCAUCAUCUUCAUCAUCUUGAUUGUGUCAUACACAGUCAUCUUGGUCAAGAUAAGGACCCAUGUCCCAGAAGGGAAGCACAAAGCUCUGUCCACCUGCGGAGCCCAGGUUGUGGUGGUGAGCAUCCAUUUCAUGUCCUGUAUCUUCAUAUAUGCUCGACCCUUCCGGAAAUUUUCCAUGGACAAAGCAGUAUCUGCUCUCUACACGGUUAUCACCCCAAUGCUCAACCCCAUGAUCUACACGCUGAGAAACACCGAGAUGAAGAAUGCCAUCAAGCGAUUAAUGAAUAGGGUGUUCUCAUGUAGGAAACCAAAUAUGUAA